CGGAAGAGACCUAUUCAUUGACGGACUCCGCAGUCGAACAAUAAGGACUAAGUUGCGAAAGCAGUCGUCCCCCAUCACUCAUACGCUACAACAAAUUAUGGCUGCCGCGGAAGAAAUGGAACGGAAGUUCGCAGCGAACUUCCUGGAAGGAGAAGACUACCCUAGAGACGGAGACUUAAUCGAGCUCGUACGAGCGAGAGCAGAACUGGCUGUUUUGCAGAACGAAUUUGAAAAUAUGGGAUUUGUAUCAGGACCUGUCACUUAUAUGGAACAAAUAGGCCCCAAACGAGUAAUCCUAAGUGAGACUCCGAGCAUCUCUGCUCCUAUGAUGCCCCCGCCCGUCAGGGCAUUACCCCCGCCGCCCGUUAAGGCUCCUGUACGAUCAAACGAAUCGGCGACCAUUUUCGAACUAACCAAAACUUUGAUUAGUUUGAUCCAAGAAUGCAAAAAGGAACAGCGAGAGCACAAUGCUCGGCUAGAAGCCAUGAUGAGGAACAUGCGACCUAUUGCGUGGGUUCGGUGUCCGAUGGGGAUUUGCAAUGCGCCUGCCACGUUUCAACGAGCAAUGAACAUGACGUUCCAGAAUUUCGUCAACAAGACACGGUUGACGCAAAGGAUGAUUAACUUCUGCGUGAUCGUGUACAUGAACGAUAUCCUGGUCUAUUCGGAAACCUAUCAUGGGCACGCACAACAUAUUGAAUGGACAUUGGGCGCACUGAGAGAUGCCGGGUUCAAGAUUGCGCUCGAGAAGAGCGAAUUUUUCCUCUCGGAAAUUUCGUUCUUGGGCUACGUCAUGACACGUGAAGGAUUGCGGCCGGACUCGAUAAAAGUUGCGGCGGUAAAGGAAGCCCCGGUUCCCACGUCACUGACGCAGGUUCGAACCUUCUUAGGAUUGGCAUUGUACUACCUGCGCUUCAUCAAGGGCUUUGCCGCGAUUGCACGACCACUAACGAAUCUGUUACGGAAGGACCAGCCUCUCAGCUGGGACGCGGAGUGCCAACAGGCCUUUGCAACCCUCAAGGAUACUCUGGCGACGACCCCUAUUCUGAUUCAACCAGACCCCUCAAAGCAGUUCAUUCUCAUCACGGACAGGCAACUGGAAGCUAUUUCCGCUAUUUUAGCCCAGAAGGGGAACGAUGGCCGCGAACAUGUCAUCGAGUACGCAUCACGAACCGUGCCGGGCGAACGAAGGAACGACUCCGCACCUCAAGGCGAAUGCUAUGCAGUGGUGUGGGGAAUCCAGCACUUCCAUCCGUAUCUCUACGGACAGAAGUUUCGCCUCGUGACGGACCACGAGCCUCUGCUAGCUUUGAAGAAGCUCACCAAUUACACGGGCAUGAUUGGCCAUCGGGCUGUGCGACUGCAAGAAUACGAAUUCGAUAUCGUCCAUCGAAAGACAGAGCGACACGGCAACGCGGACGGGCUGACACGUCUGCAUCCACCUACCAAGGUACCCAAGGGCGAGGAAAUUACACCGUGGAAGGAGUCGGACUUGACCAACGAGCUGAAAUACGGACAAUCCAAUAUCCAUCCUCGCCUUUCCUACUGUCUAACGACCCUUGCGGUCCCCGACAUCCAUCCCCCAUAUUGGGACCUGUGGCGUGAAGACUUCGUCGAGCGUUCACUAUGCUUGGUUGAGGUACGGCUGACGUGGACCGAGGACGAAGCGCGUCCGCCUUGCAUAGAGCGCUUGGAGUUGCUGUUCAUCCAGGCUUGGCGAACCAACGUGGAGGGAGAACUCCUCGCGUUUCUGUUCGGUACCGUACGGCCCGGACAUCAGGAACUCAUCGCACAAGAGCUCGCGAUCCCGGUAACACAGCUGGCGGACGAUCUCCCGCUCGACAUCAUCUCGCAGGACGACGAGCACCCGAUUCCUCACGUGCUUUCUCGCACGUUGACGCCGUAUCUCCAGUGGUCGGCUUGUGUGGAGGGAGCCGCAGAACGCAUCCCGCCGUCGCAGCAGCAGUAUUUGGAUCCCCGGACGGUUUGUGAUCGUGCCUUCUUCAGGCAUCCAACGGCAGAGCAGCUUGCUGCCAUUCGAGAGGAAGAAGAGGAGAAAGAAAGCUCUGAGAGUGACAAAGGAGAAGACGAGCGGGAAGAAAGUGGGGAAAGCGACGAAGUACUCGGGAAAGAGGACAAAACCCCCGAAGAAGGAAGCUAUAGCGAGCAUAGCGAGGAGGAGCAAAGAGAAGAAGAAGAAGAAGAAGACGAAGGAGAAGAGGAGAACGAAGAAGGACCUGCAGAAUCGGAGUGGGAAGCUGUGCCGGAAGAAGCGCUGCGCACGGGCACAGAGGCUGAAGAUCCGGAGGCGGCCCACAAAAGAAAAGAAACCGGGGCCGGGAAGAGGGAACUAGAGUUUGCGAGCGGGAUAAGCUUGCACGUCCACGACGACCCAAACCAAGAUCCGGAGCCGCCCCGACCAGAACAUGGCGACCUCACGGCCACGACUCCGACCCCAUCAACGCGGCGACGGAGUCGAUCCCCCUCCUCCCCUACCCGUCCCCCAGUUUGCCGACGUACCGAUACGGUCGAUCGGCCUUCGUCCCCGAUUGCUCUCUCGCCGUCCUCUUGACUACCUCACCCUCCGCCUGCUCACCACCCCCAUCACGUUCCCCUCCAACCCGUUUCCCCGCGAUACCUUCUGCCACUUCUA